AUGCUAGACUUCCUCGGUGUCUCGAUGCCGAUUGGCGUGGACUGUGAAUCCAAACAAUUGUCGCUACUGGCACCAGGGAGAACAGCGCUAUGCGAAUACUACAAGAGGGGAUUGCAUCUUCCUCGCGCAUGGCCUGUGCUGGAUGAAGAGUACCUGGAGUGGGCUGAUGGGCUCACUGCUGCUGUGCGCGCUGCACGGAGCGGCCGGCCCUUCCGAAUGGCAGAGGUUGGGAGUGGGCCAUAUGGAAUUUGGGCCAUGCGUGCUGCAAAGGCCUUCACAAAAUAUGCGGCGCCCGACCAGCCCUGCGAACUGCUGCUUGUGGAGCCUUUUGUGAUGGGGGAUGGGUCGCUCUUGCGCACGCAUGCUGCCAUGAACUUGCCGCCGGGGCGGUGCAGGUUUGUGGUGCAUACCCACCCUGUCACUACCAACGACCAGAUCAAGGCUCUCCUGGGCUCUGGCGAGCUGUGGGAUUUAGUUGAUGUGGAUGUAGAUGGCGCCGAGCAAACCAUGCUGCCCGGCUUGUUUGGUUGGCUGUUGACCAGGGUUCGGCGCUUGCACCUCUCCACGCAUUCCCGCAAAAUUCACUGGGACUUCAUGGAUUCGCUGGAGAGAAAUGGCUGGGAGGUCCAAGCUCACUAUCCCACACUGUCUUUGGUCGGCCUGCAAGAUAAAGGAUUGGGGCGAUUCCUGAACUGUGAUGGCCACAUCAGCGCGCUGCCGCGUUAUUGGCAGUGGGCUUAG